GCAUUCGAUGGAUAUCUGCGUAAAGAUGAUUGCUUCCAAGACGCCGCAAGGCAUGCACAAAGUCGUUGCGAGGUAUCCCACAUGAGCGAGGAUGAACACAUACAAGUCGCUAUCAGGCUCACCCUUUGUGAACUUGCUACAGCUCGCCACCAUACGCCACCUCUCGAAUGUUCUCCAUUUAGCAACAAUGUCGGAUCACACAUUCCACACCAUGCAGUAGGUGAACGCUCAUUGAUACAUAGCGCACUUUCUUGGAGCGCUCAAUCUUGGUCUAGCUACUCUGGGUACCUGCGAGAAAUCCGUGAGGCUGGGUCAUUUCUUGGCUGUUCUGCUAAUAGUUGGGAUCAGCCCAACUGUGCUUCGCGUUUCGUCGAUGGAUGGAAAUUGGUGCGUUCCAGCAUAGAUGGUAGCUGUUGA